GAACUACAUAGUUACAUAUAUAUUUUUAAAUGCAUUUCAAUUUUGAUAGAGCUGUGCGGUUACUCAUUAAUGAGAACGAUUACGGUACGCAUUCAAGUACAAAUUUGUUACAACAGAUAAUACAGAUCAAAACCCACAACCGAAUAGUGGGGGCCGAUCCGUUCUUAAUGCGCAGCCAUGACAGUGCGGAACUGAACUGUACCAUUCCAUCGAUACUGGAAUUUCCCAAUUUCAUGCGGCAGAAGAGUAUACUCAAUACGGUUGUCUGUCUGCUCGCCAGCAUAUAUUUGUUCAUACUGCUGGCGAUUGUCUGUGACGAUUAUCUGAUACCGGCGAUGGAGCGACUUUGCUAUUCCCUGCGUAUGCCCUACGAUGUUGCCGGUGCGACGUUCCUUGCUGCCGCCACCUCAGCCCCGGAGCUUUUUGUCUCGAUCGUGGGCACGUUUGUUACAAAGGGGGACAUCGGUAUUGGUACUAUUGUCGGUUCCUCGGUGUUCAAUGUCCUUGGUAUUGGCUCUGUCUGUGGCAUCCUAACGGGCGUGAGCCUCAAAUUGGACUGGUGGCCCAUAACUCGGGAUACUCUCUGGUAUUUCAUAUCAAUCGGGGGCCUUUUCGUUGUACUACGCGACUCCGUGGUGGAAGUCCAUGAAGCGUCUUUUCUUCUAAGUGGAUAUUUCGUCUAUCUGAUCGGUCUGCUAUUUGAUCGCAGGAUACAGAGUUUAUUUCGAACGGUCGACACGGACUUGGAUAUGAUGACCACUAAUCCCCUGGAGCGUGAGGACGCACCGCUCAAGACGUUCAAGCAGACGGUGUGCGAGACCCCAGAGGAGGGUUCCAACUAUAUUAUGAAGAUAUGGUGGGCCAUCAAAUACCCAGCCGUUCUGGUGCUGGCCGUAACCACGCCAAGUGCCCGUUCCAUAUUCUUUCUGAGCUUGCUAAUGUCCGUGGUGUGGAUCUGUAUUACAUCGUACUUUGUUGCAUGGUUCCUCACUGUCGUGGGCUAUAACAUGGGCGUGCCCGAUUCCAUAAUGGGACUUACCGUACUCGCUGCCGGCACCAGCGUUCCAGAGAUCGUCGCCUCCUACAUUGUGUGCAGAAAAGGUUAUGGAUUAAUGGCCCUGUGUAAUGCCAUUGGAUCGAAUACGUUUGAUAUAUUUAUUUGCUUGGGAAUGCCAUGGCUAAUCUCCAUACUGAUUUCGUCCAAAAACGUUGUGAUCAACUCUGCGGGAUUAACGAUAACAACUGGAAUGCUGCUGGUAACAGCCUUUGUGCUAUAUGCCAGCUUCCUUUGCACCAAGUUCGUAUUGGGAAAAUUUGUCGGCUGGGUUAGCUUCAUUGCAUAUAUUAUUUUCCUGGCAAUUGCCAUCUUUUUGGAGAUUAAGAUGCUAAGGAAAGUAUGCGAUAUCGAAUCCGACGAAUAUGCAUUUCUGAGCUAGGCAACCGAAAUUGUAUCGUCUUGAAACAAAUUUUGGUCUAUAAGAAAUAC